AUGCAGGUAUCUGGGGAGACACACGUGGGACUAAACGGUUGCUCCACGUGUAUAAAUAAGCAUCUGUCUGGAGACACUUUCAGAGUACUUUUGGGCUUUGUCCUCACUUUCGGUGCCCAAAUACCCGUCAUCGCCGUUGGGAGAAUGGCAGGGCAAUUUGAAAAGCCAAGGUCAGACUCAUUUGAGAUAAAAGAUGGAGUCAAAUUACCCAGUUAUCGAGGAGAUAACAUAAACGGCGAUGCUUUUGACGAGAAAUCUCGAGUCCCCGAUCCUCAGAGACUGAUAAGAGCUUAUCUUCAAUCUGUUGGAACUUUGAAUCUCCUUAGAGCAUUCGCCACAGGUGGAUAUGCAUCCAUGCAAAGGGUCUCCCAAUGGAAUCUCGAUUUUGUUAGACACAGUGAACAAGGAGACAGGUACAUGGAGCUUGCGCAGAGAGUCGAUGAAGCUCUCGGAUUCAUGGCUGCGGCUGGAUUAACUAUCGAUGAUUCUGUCAGUGAUAAGAUGGACCCCAAGGAACUUGUAAAAUUGUGCGGAAUUCUGAACCCUCGGAACAAGCCUGGGAGACUGACGAUAAUCACAAUGGGAGCCGAUAACAUGCGAAUAAAGCUGCUGCAUCUUAUUAGAGCCGUACGCCAGGCCGGGCUCAUUGUCACUUGGGUGAGCAAUCCCAUGCAUGGAAACACAAUCAAAGCUCCAUGUGGCCUAAAAACACGUCCAUUUGAUGCAAUCAGAUCCAAGUUGAGGGCAUUCUUCAAUGUUCAUGAACAAGAAGGAAGCUAUCCGGGAGGAGUUCAUCUGGAGAUGACGGGGCAGAACGUGACAGAGUGCAUCGGAGGGUCAAAUACCGUAACUUUUGACGACUUGAACUCUCGGUAUCACACUCAUUGCGACCCGAGGUUAAACGCAUCGCAGUCGUUAGAGCUAGCCUUUGCCAUAUCGGAAAGGUUGAGGAGGAGAAGGCUCAAGUCUGCCAAGGAACUUCUGAGUGGGAACAAAGUUAAUUAGUUAUCUUGUGCUGUGUCCGAAAAGGAGAGGCUUUUGUAAUAGAAUAAAUAACCCUCUCCUCUGGUGUCUGAACUGAUCAAGUAGUCGCUGUUUUUGAGGUUUGCGU